AGUUCUAUCACCAAAACAACUUCACUGCUUCAUUUUCUUGUUUCAUUUUCUCCUCUUUUAUUUCCAUUUUUUCAUUAUUAUUCUACUAGAAAUUCAUCUUUCUGUUUAUUUGCAAUGUCUCAUUAAACUAGAGAUCGAUUUACAUACAUUAAAUAUACUUGUUUUGAGGGUGAGAGUAUAUAUAUUUAUAUAUAUAAACAUACGAUCUUUAAGGUAUUUAUUUCAAUGGCAGCCAAUAUGAAUUCUGCAAUUUCUAGCCUCCUUUGUGCAGAAGAUAACAAUAUCAUUUUUGGCAAUGACAAUAACGAUGAUGUUGGAAAAUGGUAUCUUAAGAAUAAUCAAAGCAGUAAGCAAAACCAUAGUUUUUUUGGGGAAGAGAAUUUUUUGGCUGUUAUGCAAUUACAGAGUGAAGAGUGUGUGGAUUUGAUGAUUGAGAAAGAGAAUCAACAUAUGCCUUGUGGUGAUUACCUUGACAAGUUGAGAAAUGGGAAGUUGGAUAUUGAGAUUAGAGAGCAGAUUCUUGAUUUGAUUGGCAAGGUUCAUUCACAUUUCAAUUUUUGGCCACUCUGUUUAUAUUUAUCUGUGAACUACCUCGAUAGGUUUCUUUCUGCCUAUGAUUUACCUAAGGGAAAAGCAUGGAUGAUUCAGCUAUUGGCUAUAGCCUGUUUGUCUCUGGCAGCUAAAAUGGAAGAGACUAUAGUUCCUCUAUCUCUAGAUCUACAGAUAAAGGAAGCAAAAUUUGUAUUUGAAGCAAGAACCAUACAAAGAAUGGAGCUUCAUGUAUUAAGCACAUUGAAAUGGAGAAUGCAUGCAAUCACUCCAUUCACAUUCAUUGAUUAUUUCAUUAAGAAGAUAAAUGGUGAUCAAACUGCUUCAAGAUCUUUAAUCACUAAAGCAGUAAAAGUUAUAUUAAGAACACUUAAAGGAAUUCACUUCUUAGAAUUCAAGCACUCUGAGAUUGCAGCAGCAGUAGCAAUCUCUGUUGUGGUGAAAACUGAGACAAUGGACAUUGAGAAAGCAUUAUCUGCUUUAGUGAAGCAAGUACAAAAGGAUAGAGUAAAGAAGUGUGUUGAAUUGAUUCAAGAAUCAUCUUUGCUAAGUGAUUUUGAUAAAGGUUUAACCCCUUUUGUUCCUCAAAGUCCAAUUGGUGUGUUGGAUGCUAAAUGCCUAAGUUACAGAAGUGAUGAUUCAGGAGCUGAGUCAUGUGCAAAUUCCACACCUAAUAGCCCAGAUACUAAGAGGAGAAAGAUGAAUAGAACCUAUGCAGUGGACAUAAAGGAAUGGAUAAAUGAGUGAAAGCCUUUUACCCCUUUCAAAAGGAUUUGAUGCAAUGAGAGUUAUGGUGUGAUACUUGAAUCUGCAUCCCCAAACAGAACUUAAAAAAUAAUAAAAAAUAAUAAUAAUAAUAAUAAUAAUAAUAAUAAUAAUAAUAAUAAUAAUAAUAAUAAGAUAAUAAUAUGGAGAAAAAUAAAAUUUUGUGAGGAAGAGAUUGCAAGUAGUUGGAUCGUUUUUGGAGGUCGAUAAUUUAUCAUACGCCAAAGAAUUUGAUGCCACGUUUUUGUAAAAGUGGUGUUCAAGCCAAUUUGCGAGCACUUCAUGUCAAGAAGGCAACUUUAUGCCAUUAGUAUGAGGGAACUCGGAGAAUUUUACUGAGUAAACGUGGGACUUUUUGAGAUUUCGUUCAAUCUAUACUUUUUAUAUCUUGUUUGAAGAGAUAACUAUAUUUAAAGUCUUAUAAAUAGAAAUAUACAAAGAAUGUAUUAUUAUACGCAAUCCUUGUUUUGUCCUUUACUGUAUUGUCCUAAAUUUUGUAAUAAAAAACAAUUUUCGCCGGCCAAAUUAUAUUUAUUCUUUC